AUGGAGCAGUUACGUAGGCGGAUGGACGAGCUUCAGCGUAAGUUGGAAGCACGAGAAGGGUCCCCGGAGCCUCAGGAGGUGUUGACCUCCCCCUUCACCGAUGAUGUCAUGGCGGAGCCGCUACCGAGGGAUUUUCGAUUCCCAACCAUCAAGGCUUAUACAGGGUCGGCCGAUCCCCGGUCCCACCUCCACAGGUAUCGGGCCGCCAUCAUGAUGACAGGUGCGAGUGACGCCGUCAUGUGUCGGGGUUUUUUCGCAACCCUCGACGGCCAAGCGCAAGAUUGGUUCACGUCGUUGCCCGAGAAAUCCAUCUCGACCUUUGCGGAUCUCUCGGUGAAAUUAUUGUCGUACUACGCCUGCAGCAUACCGAAGAAGAAGCAGUUUGCUAGUAUGUGCAAGUUAGAACAGUGGAGUACGGAGACAUUGACCGACUACCUCACCAGAUGGAAGAAGGAGGCGAGAUCGGUCGAAAACUUCGACGAGAAAGCAGCCAUACCGAUCUUUACCAGCAACGUCAGAUCAGGUCCUUUCCACCGCGACCUCAUCCAAAACCGUCCCAAGACAUACGCCGCGUUGCUGGACCGAGCGGCGAGGUUCGCGGAGGCGGAGGAGGCCGAGAGAAAGAAGAAGGAGGAGGAGCGAGGUCGGCGAGACAAGGCACCCCAAGACGAACGCCGUGCGCCGAGGCCCCCACGCCAGGCCGGGCCGCGGCUGGCCCCGUUGCGCUACCUCACUCCCUUAACGCAUCCGGUGAGUGCUAUCCUAGAGCACGCCGAGGUCAUGGGCAUCGUAUCAUACCCAGAAGAAUGUAUGAAGGUGUCGCCCAACGCGGACCUCAACAAAUAUUGCCGUUUCCACAAGCAGCAACGGCACGACACGGACGAGUGCAUGGUUCUCAAGAGACAGAUCGAGGAGCUCAUUCAGAGGGGCUACCUCGGUCAAUACGUUAAAAGGUCGGGGCAAGGCCGACCUUUGGCCAAUGUGUGGAAAAAGAAGGGUGGUUCUGAGCCACCCGCCUCCGGGUCGUGCAAGAGAGAGCUCGACCAAUUCACCGAGGAGGAGGAGAAGGAGUUGGACGAGUCCCACCCCCUAAAAAAACAGGUCAUCCAUGUCAUCUUUGGUAGUCCCGAAGGAGGGGACACACAAUCAGAAAGGAAGAAAUGGGCUCGGAACCUCUACGUAGGGGAGGUCAUCCGCCAACCGCAAGAGAAGAAGCAAAGGAGGGAACCUAUCAUCUUCACAGACGACGACCUCCCAGAUGGACCCCUACCCCACCGGGAUGCCUUGGUGAUCACCUUGGACAUCAACAACACUAUCAUUCACCGGGUGUUGGUGAACACGUGGAGCUCCGUGAACGUCAUGUAUUAUGACAUGUUCACUAAGCUCGGCCUGACAAGGAAGCAGUUGGCACCAGUAAGAACCCCACUGUCCGGGUUCACAGGAGACUCGAUCGAGACGGAGGGCUCCAUUAACCUCGAGGUUGAGAUAGGCACCGCGCCACACGUUAAGAGGUGGGAGGUCAAGUUUGUAGUCACCAAGAUCGAGUGUGCCCACAACAUCAUUCUCGGCCGGCCCGCCUUGGAGGACCUCCAGAGCGUCAUAUCCAUGGAGCACCUAUGUCUGAAGUUCCCCACCCCCACCGGGGUCGGCGUGGCAAGGGGGGAUUAG